AUGAGAGAUGAAAUAGCAACAACAGUCUUCUUUGUCACAAGAUUAGCAAAAAAACAUGAUAAAUUGAGUAAACAACAGAUAGAAGACUUUGCAGAAAAGUUGAUGACGAUCUUGUUUGAAACAUACAGAAGUCACUGGCACUCUGAUCACCCUUCUAAAGGGCAAGCCUUCAGGUGUAUCAGGAUAAACAAUAAUCAGAAUAAAGAUCCUAUUCUAGAAAGGGCUUGUGCUGAAAGUAAUGUGGAUUUUUCUCACCUGGGACUUCCGAAGGAGAUGACCAUAUGGGUAGAUCCCUUUGAAGUGUGCUGUAGGUAUGGUGAGAAAAAUCAUCCAUUUACAAUUGCUUCUUUCAAAGACAGAUGGGAGGAAUGGGAAUUAUCCCAACAAAUCAGUGAUGCUGUUAAUAGAGCCACGUUAGACUACUCUUCUGGCACUUCCUCUGAUGAAGAAAGUUGUAACAAAGAACCUCAGAUAAUUCCUAAAGUCAGCAAUCCAAAGAGUAUUUAUCAGGUUGAAAACUUGAAACAGCCCUUUCAAUCUUGGUUCCAUAUUCCCCGCAAAAACAAUAUGGGGGAUGGCCGAAUGGGCCUCCUAGGAAAUGCUUAUCAUGCAUUGCAUAAGAUCCCUAAGGGUCACAGGCCUGCUGCUGGGCACCGGGUGGACAGAAUUCUACAAACCCCGCAUCUGAGACUGGGAAUUUGAAGCACCUGAUAGAAGAAGGAACCUUGGAAGGCAUUGUCUGAGGCUUCCAUGGCAGGAAGACGAGAAGCAAUCUGCAGGGUGAUUUCUGGAGCCUGAAAAGAAUAAAAAACAAACAAAAACAAAACCCACCCUUUUGCUAAAAGAUUCUCAUGUAGCUCAGUUAUGUAGCACCAACCAAGAAAGGGAAGUCAAUGCAUUGAGACAUCAGUUUAAAUUGUAACAGGAUAAGUGGAUUCAGUAUAGACUACAGGAAAGUGGAAGGAGUAUUUAACUCAGUGUUUGAAAUUUAUGCUAACGACAAGCAUUGAUUUACUACUUUUCUAAACAGAGGUAAAGUGGCAGUCAGGCAUGAGGGCUCUCAGGCCAUGGUGCCUGGAUUCUAACCUGGCUCUCCCCUUUUGGUUGUGUGCUCUUGGAUAAGUUUACUCAACCAUCCUGUAUCUCCCCCGCCCCCCCACCACCAGUUUUAAAAUGAGAAAAAAAAUAACAUCAGUGCCAUAGGGUUUUUGUGAAGAUUACAUGAGUUAAUUCAUGCAAACUAAUAGAACAUUUUCUGUUAUGUACAAAGUACCUAAUUCAUCCUACGUAUUAUUCUAUCAUUUGAGAGAUUAGACUUUUGAUUGGUAAAAUGACUCCAAUCAUUCUCCUUAAAGGGGAGACUUAGAAAGUUCCCUGUUCUGAGUGCUUCAUUCUAAGGAAUAUCCACCACCUCAAAGCCUCCUUCCUGGUGACCCUGACCUUCUUGGCUCCAGGGAUGACUGCUCCACAGAGCGACCAGAACCAGACUCACAUGAAGCUGUGGGAUGAGGAGAUGCAGGAUGGAAAGGCCAUGCUGGUAAACCACAAACUCCCUGGCAGAGAGGUCUGUGGAUUGCACAGUUGUCAGCUCUUCCUUCUGCGUUAUCUGAGGUUUUGGGAGAUCCUGCAAAGAGGUUUUGGGGGCUGCAGAGAUCAAGAGAAAACAGUAAGAUUUCACUGACUUUUGCAUACAGUAAUGAUAUAUUAAUGAAAAGAACAAGAACAACAGCAACACAAUUCAGCUUAGGAAAAGGUGUAUUUGUAUCCAGCCAUCCAUCCUCCAGUGCUGUAUAUACACUGUGGAUCAGGCUGUCCUGCCAGUUGCCAUGGAAGAGCAAUUGACUUCCAGUCAUUAGGAACAGAGGUUCCAGAACAACAGAAUGAGGGUCCAGAAAAGAUGGCGACAGACUUUCUUCUAUUUCAUAGGGUUGUUUGGAGCAUUAAAUGUAAUGUACUCAGAACAGGAACUGGCACACAGUAAACACUCAGGAAAUUCUCAGGAAAGAAUGCUGAGCUAGCAGUCAGAGGACCUGAGUUCUGGUCCAGGUUCUGUAAGACCCUGGGAAAGUCACUUAACGACUUAUCAGUUCUCUCAUCUAUAAAAAAAAUUCCACUGUCUUACAGAAUCAGAAUUUGGGUUACCAGGUGUAAACAAGACAAUGUAUACCAAAUCGAUUUCAACAUUAUAAAGUCAAACGUAAGACAAUGAAAAUUGAAGUAGUGGUGGGAACUCUCAAAGGAGGGCCCACCUCUCUGCCCAUAUUCUUCUUAUUUUACCCCAAGGGGAGACAGAAUUAAUAUUGAGAAUGGUCAAACGUUUUCUGUAAAGGGUCAAAAAGUAAAUAUUUUAGGUUUUCCAGCCAAGAGACAAAAUUGGGGUUCAGAUUGAGUGUUCCCUAUCAUCAGGGUAGAAGUGUGGCUUUAUUCCUUUACAAAGGCUUCCCUUGCUUCUCUGAUACAGUGACCUACCCUCCUGGGAACUCAGCAGAGUAUGUUGCCUGCAUCUCCCUUUCGGCACUGCCUUUACAGUAUUGGAUACUUUUUCAUAUGGGGAAGCAGGUUAAGAGCACAGGCUCUAGGGUGAGACUCUCUGGGACUGAAUUCCAGCUGAACUUCUCAAUAGCAAUACAAUUUUUCACUGCUUGCUUGACCUAUUCAGAAGCUUCAGUUUCCUUAUCUAUAAAAUGACUAAUACUACUUACUUUGCUGCAUUGUCAUAAAGAUUUAAUGAGCUAACAUAACCAAAGAUUUAGAAUAGCACAUGAUAUAUUGUAAAGCACUCCAUAGAAAUGUUAUUCUUCUUUUGACAUUUUUCCCUAAUCAUUUAAAAAUGUAAAACCAUUCUAAGCUUGUGGGCCAUACAAAGAUAGAUAGCAAGUUGGAGUUGGCCUGUGGGCAAUAGUUGGCUGACCCCUAGUCAAAUUCAAAUAUGUUUUUGGAACUGUGCUUACUAGUGGCCUGCAUUGUGGUCACCUGAAAGGCCUACAUUCAUUUCCUGUUAAUCUUCUCCCACUUGGGAGGUAGGUGAGUUGAAACAGACCCGAGUCUUCAGUUCAAGCCAGCCACUUUCUCUUUCCAAUUUCAAGGAGGUGGUUUUGGUAAAGUGAUUUGGAGUCUCUUUCUGGGGCAAGGUCGUCUUUCUCUGUCUCCUCUGUCUAUCUCCCUGUGUAUCGCACUUUUCCAUUAACUCCUUGUAACAUGUGGAUGGGGUAAAAUCCCAAGAUUUAGAUUCAGUGUUCGGUGGGGGGAUAGAGGGCCUUUAGGAAUUCCCUUUGGGGGAACUGGCCAAGUUAUUAUUACAGUGGGACUUUGAUUUCUAUUUGUUAUUCCUCAUAUGGAAAAAUCCCUUGGGAAUCCUAGGAUAUGGGUGGGGAGAAAGGGAUGAUUGGCAAGGCAGGGUUCUGAUACUCCUAGACCUAGGGGUUACACCAUUGAAUACCUUCAGUGCGCCGUGAUAAUUCUAAACAGGAGCUCCCAGGGGAAGGAGAUUACCUGGUCUGUGAUGCACCUGUCCUUGCAGUUCAGCUCCAUCCUUGUGAGCUUGGGACCUGAUAUCUAGUUUUCUCAGGGUGGAGAAGAGUGGUGAGGUCCAUGUGACAUCAACUUUAUCUGCAUCUGAACAGAGGAGAAGAAAGUAGUUGUCGGGAACUGUGACCACAGGACUGUGGCCAAAGACAAAAAGAGCUAGACGUAGCAACAGGUGUGGUAUGUGGCUUCUACAAUGGCCCCUGUGAUCCCCCAUGUGUAUCCAUGCCCUUGUGUAAUCCCCUCCCCUUGAGUGUGGGUUGGAUCUACUGAUUUGCUUCUAAUGAAUGGAAUAUGGCAAAAGUGGUGAGAUGAGGAUACAAAAAAACCUGUAGUUUCCUUUUCUUGGCCCUCUCUCACUUGCUCUGAAGGAACAGUUACUGUGUUGUGAGUUGCCCUGUGAAGUCCAUGUGGCAAGGAAUUGAUGUUUCUGGACAAAAGCCAGUGAGGACUUGAGGUCUGCCAAUAGCCACAAGAGUGAACUUGGACUCUGCAGUCAAACCUUGAGAUGAUGGCAGCCCUGGCCUGAUGAUACCUUAUUGUAGCCUGUAUGACACCCUGAGCCAGAGGCUCCCAGCUAAGCUGCACCCAGAUUCUUGACCCACAGAAACUGUGAGAUAAUAAAUGUUUGUUGCUUUAAGCCACAAAAUUUUGGAAUAGUUUGUUACACGGCAGUGUAUAACUGAUACGUUGAGUUUCUU